CACCACUGGUUGUCACCCGCCCUGUAACGUGCUGGAGGCUGUGCCUCAGUUUCCCCCGGACUUGCCAGGGGUUUCUAAGCGCCUGUUGGCGCAUCCCUGAGCUUUUCCAUGCUCGGAAGGGUUGAACCCCUAAUCCUCGUGCUCCAGAUGGAUUCCUCCGGACCUCCAUCACCAGCGACAGCUGUCGAGGAAAGGGCCCCCGUUUUCCUGAGGUGUCCGCGCAAAGCUUCAUGUGCCCCUUUUAGGGGGUGCCGUUUCUUUUUUUCCCUCCCCUCCGCUUUUUCGCUCCGCGCCGUGCCGAGCUCCACCCGCGGCGCGGGGCGGUCCCGGCGGUGCUGGGAGCUGUAGUUCCCCGCCAUGGAGGUCCCGGCGGCCGCGGAGCGGAACAAGGGCCCGAUCCUGGCGGUGCUGCGGGAGUACGCGGCGCCGGGCGCGCUGCGGGUGCUGGAGGUGGGCGCGGGCGCGGGGCUCCACGCAGCGCACUUCGCGCGGGCGCUGCCGCAGGCGCGCUGGCAGCCCUCGGACAUCGACCCCCGGGCGCUGCGCAGCAUCGCUGCCUUCGUGGAGGCCACGGGGGUGCCCAACCUGCUGCCCCCCAUCCUGCUGGACGUGUCACAGGGCUGGGAGAGCUGGGGGGACACCCAGCCCGCCACCCUGGACCUCCUCGUCAGCAUCAACAUGAUGCACAUCGCAGAGCUGCGGUGCACCCAGGGCCUCUUCAAGGGUGCCGGGGUGCUGCUCAAGCCUGGAGCAGCCCGUGGAAAGGGGGCUGGGGUGCACAGGGUGGCUCCUGCCUGCAGCUCCAGCUGUGUCCCACAGCCCUACGCCGUGGAUGGCCAGAUCAGCCCCCAGAGCAACGUGGACUUCGACCGCAGCCUGAGGCAGAGAAAUCCCGCCUGGGGGCUGCGGGACACGGCGCUGCUGCGGGAGCUGGCCGAGGCCAACGGGCUGUGCCUGGAGAGGAUGGUAGGUGAUGGGCCCGGGGGGCUGCCCGUGCCCGCCUGCACCCUGAGCCCGGCUCUGCUUCCAGGUGGACAUGCCGGCCAACAACAAGAGCCUGAUCUUCCGCAAGCUGUAACCUGCCCUGACAGCACUUCCAGCGCCUCCCACCACUGCUGUCCCCACUGAUGCCUCCUGCAGGGUGUCACUGUCCCACCGUGGCUGCCACUGGGGCUGGGGACAGCGCUGAUGGGACAGAGCCCCACUCACACAGCUGGGGCUGACUUGGCUGGGCAGGAUCCAUCUCCCCUUGUGCCUUUGGGGUUCCCUUUGCAGUGAGGUGCCCCAGCCUGGACCACAAGAGCCAGCACAGCUGCCAUGGGGGGCACAGCUGUAGUGGGGGGACACAACACCCCUGGGCAUGGGGGAGACUCCCUGCUCCAUUUCCUCAGAGGAUGCUGUGCUGAUGGUGUCCCCCUUCCCCCCCUCCUCAGGACUGUGCUGCUGCCCCCCUAAUAAACUCUGUGGCUUUUCCCCCC